AAAAUUUGAAGUUUCAACUUCCAAUCUACAAGUUGCUUCUCCUACUCUUCCACCUCGUCAGCUUUUUCGUUUUUCUCUUCUUGAAUGCUUUAUACUCGGUAGUAUAGUAGGGUUUUCUUGGCUUAAAGAAAUGUUGGGUUCAUUUGGCUCUUCAUCUCAUGAGGAAGAACCAUUACCGCCUAAUGUCCACUACCACGACAACCACCAUAUUCAGCGCCGGAGUUUUACACCUCCGGCAAUACACAUGCGCCAAUUACUCAUAAGUUGUGCUGAGCUAAUUUCCCGUUCUGAUCUCUCAGCCGCUCAUCGGCUUCUCUCCAUUUUAUCUACUAACUCUUCACCUUAUGGUGAUUCUACUGAGAGAUUAGUCCACCAGUUCACUAAAGCCCUUUCUCUCCGGCUAAACCGCUAUGUAGCCGCCGCUGAUUCAUUCUUGAUCCCUAAUCCCAGUGCCACUAAUCUUGUUAGUAGUGAAGCUACAAGUUCUUCAAAUCUUAACACGGCUGAGUUUGGAUCAGACGAAACCCUUGUUCAAUCCUCAUACUUGUUAGUUAACCAAGUAACCCCAUUUAUUAGGUUUAGUCAUCUCACUGCAAAUCAAGCAAUCUUGGAAGCAACUGAAGGCCAACAAGCGAUACACAUCCUAGACUUUGACAUCAUGCACGGCGUGCAAUGGCCUCCCUUAAUGCAGGCUAUGGCGGAGCGUUUUCCACCGCCGACCCUUCGGAUCACCGGCACCGGAAGUGACCUUGAAGUACUUCGGAGAACCGGUGACAGGCUCGCCAAGUUUGCCCAUUCAUUAGGCCUCAGAUUUCAGUUCCAACCUCUUAUUAUCCUCAACAAUGAAGACUCCAUUUCAGUUGCCUCUGCUAUUCUUCUGCUGCCUGAUGAAACCCUAGCAGUCAACUGUGUGCACUAUCUUCACCGACUGUUCAAGGAUCGGGAUCGCCUUCGCCUUUUCUUACAUCGAAUCAAGUCCAUGAACCCCAAAGUUUUCACUGUGGCUGAAAGGGAAGCAAAUCAUAACCACCCAAUUUUCUUGCAGAGAUUUGUGGAGGCUUUAGAUCACUACGCGGCGGUUUUUGAUUCCCUUGAAGCCACCCUGCCACCUACUAGCCACGAGCGGCUCACGGUGGAGCAGAUAUGGUUCGGAAGGGAAAUUGCUGAUAUUGUGGCGGCAGAUGGAGAAAGAAGAAAAGAAAGGCACGAAAGAUUCAGAUCAUGGAAAGUUAUGCUGAGAAGCUCAGAUUUCAACAAUGUUCCAUUGAGCCCUUUCGCUCUUUCUCAAGCUAAGCUUCUCUUAAGAAUUCAUUACCCUUCUGAGGGAUAUCAGCUUCAUAUUCUCAAUGAUUCUUGCUUCUUAGGAUGGCAGAAUCAACCCCUUUUCUCAGUCUCUUCCUGGCACUAAAAAUGAUACAGAUUUUAGCCAAAUGAUACCUAAACUAAACCUUCCCCUAUCAGAAACCCUAACCCUAAUUUCCAUAACCCCUUAAAAUAUCUAUGAAUCUGCAAAAGUUGCAGAUAUUUGGAAGAAAACAGAAACCCACUUGAACAAAACCUCACAAACACCUCCUCCUGGUUUCUCUGGUUUUCUUGGGGUACUGAAAUUAAAGUGGAUGUUUUAUUUUUAUACUGCUACUGGGGUCUUUAUAUUAUUACAAUUUUCUUCGUAUAAUCUCGUUAAAUAUUUCUGAGAUUCCAUUACUAGAUCCUCUAUCAGCCUUUCAGGAGGCAACAAUUGCUAUUUGGCUCAUUAAGUCCAUUAAAUAUAAUUAAUUACCAUUAUCUUCU